UUGACAGGUGUACGUGUGGAAGUGUUUUCAUUAAUUUUUAUUUUUGUUGCGAUUUUUUAAUUAAAAAUUAACGUUAAAGCCCAGAAAGCACAAAAAUAAGUAGGGACAUUUAAAACUAUGUCUAGCAUGAUUUCUACUUGGACCCCUGAUAAAAAACACACGGAUGUUGAGAGAUGGAUUUGUAUAUACCCAGCAUACUUAAACAGCAAGAAAACUUUAGCAGAAGGGAGGAGGUUAUCCAAGGAUAUCUGUGUGGAGAACCCAACUCAUCAGGAGAUUCGAGACGUGCUGGCCACAACAGGGUUACGUAUUGGAGUUGAGAAUAAACUAUAUUCACGAGAGCGGAGCAAGGAAAUGUUGCACAGAGGAAGAAUCCGCGUGGAAAUAAAAAAUGAUGAUGGUACACCUAUAAAAUCUGAGUAUGCUACUAGAGAAGCAGUGAUGAAGCACAUAGUAGAAAAUAUCCCUAAACUCAAAACAAGGCAGAACAGACCAGCAGACCAACAGCCGCAGUCUACGCAGCAGGCCGCCAGCAAAAGCAAAGGAAAGAAGGGACGCCGAUAACUUAAAGAUUUUUAUUACAAAAGUUAUACAUAAA